AAAAAAUCGUUGAAGCCCGCAACGGCCAGUAAUUUGCGCUAAGUUGCUAACCCGAAAGCCAGCCGCCAUCUGUACUUGAGCAGGUGGCCGACUACUGCCCGUAGCGCGUGAUUCUGAGGCCGAAGAAACCGAUUUCAUUAGCAAAUGAGCAGAGUCCAAGCCAGUCAGCAUUUCAGAAUCCUCGGUGCAAGACAAAAAGUCAGCGACUUUCUACAAUUCCCUUCUUGGUCGGGGGGAGACCUCAUAUUCCCAUUCCCAUCGUGCUUCGCUCCUCAUCCGUCGCCGAUCGCCCACCAAAAAUGGAAGAACCCCACAUCGAGAGGAUGGCUGCUUCGCCAGUGAAGAAGGGAUCGCUGAUGAUGAGGCCGAUACAUUGGUUCAGAAUGCUUGGCGAAGAGCUCCACUGGAGCCUCGUGAUGGGGGUAAUCGUGGUUUAUGGGAUUAGUCAGGGUUUCGGAGUUGGGCUCGUCCGAGUUAGUACGCAGUACUACAUGAAGGAUGAUCAGAAGCUGCAGCCCUCUGAAGCUCAGCUCUUUUUUGGUCUCCUUCAGCUCCCUUGGAUUGUCAAGCCUCUAUGGGGUCUCUUAACGGACACUGUACCUGUUCUGGGCUACCGCAGGCGCCCCUAUUUCAUUUUCGCAGGUUGUCUUACUGCUAUGUCAAUGCUGGUGGUGUCACUGCAGCCAAACUUGUCGCUGGGAUAUGCCAUGCUUUCUCUGAUGUCAGGGAGUACUGGGAUGGCGAUUUCAGAUGUUACCAUUGAUGCCUGUGUGACACAAAAUAGUGUAACUCACCCAUCUCUUGCCGGUGAUAUGCAAAGCUUGUGUGGGCUCUCUGCCUCCAUCGGGUCCCUGGUCGGCUUCUCACUCAGUGGCUUCCUUGUUCACCUGGUUGGAGCUAAGGGUGUGUUUGGGUUUCUAAGUUUUCCAGCAGGCCUAGUCGUUAUGGUUGGGAUAUUGUUGCGCGAAGGCAAUUUACAGCGAUCUGUUUACAGAGGGGUACAUGAGAAGUUCUUGGACGCCGGUAAAGCAAUGUGGAGAACACUAAAAUGUCGAGAAGUGUGGAGGCCUUGCUUAUUUAUGUUCUUGUCUCUCUGUGUCAGUUUACAUGUCCAUGAAGGAAUGUUCUACUGGUAUACUGAUGCAGCGGGGGGUCCAUCUUUCUCACAGGAAAUUGUUGGAUCGAUAUUCUCAUUUGGUGCAAUUGGCUCUCUCUCAGGGGUCCUAAUCUACCAAAAUUUUCUGAAGAACCAUCCCCUUCGCGACAUAGUUUUUUGGUCCCAGCUAUUACUCAGCCUAUCUGGGCUGCUUGACUUGAUAUUGGUUCUUCGUAUUAACUUGAGAAUCGGUUUCCCUGAUUAUUUCUUUGUUGUGAUCGACGAAGCUGUUUCUCGGAUGAUUGGGCGGGUCAAAUGGAUGCCUCUUCUUGUGCUUAGUUCCAAGCUAUGCCCUCCUGGUAUAGAGGGCACCUUCUUUGCUCUGCUCAUGUCUAUUGAUCAUAUUGGUCUGCUCAUCUCUACAUGGCUAGGAGGUCUACUCUUGCAUAUGUUGAAUGUCACCAGGACACAGUUUGACAAUCUUUGGGUUGCCCUCUUGAUCCGAAGCAUGGUGAGGCUGCUCCCGAUUGCCUUAUUAUUCCUGAUCCCGAGGGCUGAUCCCAAUUUGUCGGUUCUUCCAGCUGAGAUGUUGAAGAUGAAAAAGGGUGAUGAUGACCAGAAGAACAAUAAGAUGGCCUCCCUUAUCGAGGGCAGUUGAAGUAGGGAAGAAUACUGACACAUUUGUUUCGAGAUCACAGUCAAUGCAGGUCCCUUUACAAUGCCAAGGAUGCCAGACACUGAAGCUGGAACCCUAUGGUAUGACCCAAAUCACCAUUUACUCAGCAUCUUCCAGUUUGGUACACAGAUUAAUCAACUUGGGCAAUGACAUAGUUUUAUCAUACAUUUGUAUUCAACUUUAUUGUUGCCUAGCAGGGAGAAUGUUCCGUACAGACUUUAGCUGCAUUAGUGAAUAUAGAGCUGGGAACCCUGCAAAAAAUCUUGGCACUUGAUAUUUUGGUUCCUGUUGUAACUUGUACACCUUUUGGGUUCCAGAUUACUACUGCUCUUGUACUGUACUUCAUCAAUACACUUGACUAACAAGAAACAUGGAAGUUACUAUUCUGUUUUCAGAUUACUACUGCUCCUGUACUGAGCUAUCACAUAUUGACAGAUUACAUGGAAAUCAUGAAACAGACUGGCCGAAAGAGGGUGGAAAAGCAACUUGCUUGAUGAAUUUCUUUGCCAAUUGAAGCAAACUAAUUGGCAUUGCAUUCUAUAAGAAGAAAUAAAUGCAUAUUCACAGACCCACACCUGACCACUUGACAUCCCACAUAAGUAACCAAUAAGCAUUCUAAAACAUUUUCUCCCUCGCAUUAGUUGAAACUGCAAGCUUCUGCUGCAAAUCCCACCAUUGACUCUUUUGUAUCAUAGACAACCCUCUGGUUUCUCUGCUGAUAGUUCCCUACUAUCCCAAUCUCAUCUUCAUAAGCCAGGCUCGCGAUUGCCAGACACACCUGAGAAGCAUCCGCUUUCACAAAAUAGAAAACCCCUGUCAGGUCAACUUGCAGCUUCACAUUCCCUUCAAAGUUGAUGCUAAUGGUAGGGACAUCAAUCUCCUGAUACCCCGUCAGGUUGAAGCAAGUGUCCAGUAUCGAAAAACCUGGAGCAGUUGGAACCCCGGAGAAUUGCCUCAGAAACUCUGCCUUCACAGUGCUGUAAGUCGAUGGAGGAAGCCUCGUUAUGACUGUUCCAGAAUCAAUCAGAAUUCCAGUUCCAAAUCCAGAGGCCUGAGGGAGAUCCUUCCCACCUAUCGAAAACCCGGUAAGGUUGAGGAAGUAGAAAGUUGGGAGCUGGGGAUUAUUGACCAUUCUGGUGUAAGAAAUUGGGGUGAAGUUGCUGUAAACUGAAGUAUUGGGACCAAAUGCUAAUGAGCCAGUAGCAUCAGGUGCUGUUGUGGGCAAGCAGUAGGAGAAAACACCUCCGUACAUGGAUUUAGAUUGAGACACCAAAGAAAGCUCACUCCUUCCCAACCCCAUUAAACCUGAAGCUCCUCCAAAUAAGCCCUUAUUGUACCUUCCACAACCGAACACGAAAUUAUGGACUGGUUCGGUUUCACCUCCCAAGUUAAGCUGUUCAGUGGCUAGAUCGCCUCUUGUGUAGGACCCAUCCCCGUAGCUAACGUAAUAGUUGCAGGUUUGCUGGUUGCUGGCACAGGCACCCGAGUUGCCAGUUGCGAACUGAAGGGAGUCACAAGCUGAUGAAUUGCAGGGGAUUCUGCGGAAAGAAGGAGAGAUGGAAGGGUCGAAGAGAGGAUCCUUCUGGUUGUAACAGAACCUGCAUGGCUGGCAUUGAACCCAUGUCAAGUCACUUCCAGUGUCCAUUAUCACUGUAAGCUGUUUCCCUCCCAGCUGUACUGUAACUAUAUAGUUGAGGGUUUGCAGCUUUAUUCCUGAAGCCAAUGGAAUCUGAGUUGUUGUUGUUGUUGUUGACACCGAGUUGUCUUGUUUGACAAGAGAGGUAUCCUUUUUGAUUCGAGACUGGAUUGAUUGGACUCUGAUAUUGUCUAGCAUUAGGGUCCGUUUCAGCUUCUUGCUCAAGUCUUGGAUUGUGGCUGGUUUUCCUGCGGGCGAGCAGGAUCCUCUGUGCUUCAUUUCCAGGAUGGUUGCCCCCUCUUCCUGUCCUGAUUUCUGGGGAAGGCAUGAGCUUGAAGAAGCAGCAGCAGCAGAGUCAUGGAAGGUGCUCUUCUCUAGCAGCUGUUUCCACUGGUUGUGUUCUUCCAACAGGUCGAGGAGAGAAACUCUCUUCCCCACAAAAACACCACCAUUGCUAGAGCUGAAGCUUUGCAGCAGACAGACAAGAAACAGCAACAACUUGAUUAUGGUAAUGAGAGAAGACAUGAUUCUUCUUUCCACCAUUGAUGUAUGAAUACAAAAGUAUGUAUAUAUAUAAUAUAGUUGACACCACUCCACCCACACCAGCAAGCAAGUGGAAGAGAAGGAAAAAGAAAACAAAAUGUGGUGCAGGGGAGAGAGAGAGGAGAUUCUUUGGGAGAGUUGGAGUUAGGGAAGAGAACAAAAGAAGAAUGGCUGGCUUGGCUUGGCUGAACAUUUCAUGAAAACGACCCCACUGGCUGUAGCUGAUCA